UCCAGACGACAGAGCCUUCACACAGACGGACUGCCUCCUGUUGAAAGCAGAGCGGGAGAUCCAUGCAUCGUAAAGAAAAAAAAUCUUCCGACGCGUCCAUUUUUAUUGUCUCCACUGACUGCUGGUAACAAAACGUGCAAAUUAGAGCAUGCAAAGCACCGCAUCUAUCGUGCAUCUCCUCACUGGACAAGUCAAACGUGCAGAAAUAACGAACUGUGAUACUAAUUCUGUACUGGCAGCAUGGCAGACGAAUUCAGCCAAUCCCUCACCCCACCAGUUUCACCCUUCGCAGCAGACAGCUUAUGUGAGCUGACUCCAGCCCAACCACCAUGCUUCUGCUGCUCUGAAACAAAGGAGGACCCCACUGGACCUCUCUCCUCAGAGGGGUACACCGCAAGAGGCUCCCUGAAACGGCUGCUGUUGCGUCUUGACCCGGCCCCUGCAGAAUAUGAGACAGACACAGUGGAGAUCUUUGGCUUCUCGUGGGUAACAGAGACAGCAUUGGUGGAAUCUACAAAGCCACUUUUUGGUCUGCUCAGACAAAAGGUUUACAGGCUGGAGUCCUUGGUGCAGUCCAGCUCACAUGACUUCGGUCAAGCAGGCAGCCUCCACUAUGAAGCAGAGGACCUGAGACAACAGUGUGUUUCAUUUCUUCAGUAUGUCAAAGUCUUCUUGCACAGAUACCUGGAACCUUCCAUCUCCAUGGAUACAAGUCAUUCACACCCUUAUGAGGAGCUGGAGGCCCAGCUUCCCUCUGCUCUGCUGGAGGAGCUGUUUGGCAUCACUCUCCUCAUAGGACGACUCAAAGACCUGCCUGCCAACAUUCAGAGUGCCUUCACUAUAUCUAACCCAGGAAAGAUUUUUCCUCCCUCUUGGCAUUUGUUGCACCUUCAUCUUGACAUCCACUGGUCAGUCUUGGAGAUCCUUCACCUACUUGGCCACAAGAUGCAAGGCCAGGUGGUGUACGCCCACCAGUUUGUGAACCUGACGGGAGAGAAUCUAACCGAUACCAGUCUGUUUGAAGAGCACCUGUGCAGUCUGCUGUGUGACCUAACUGGUCUGGCCAUAGGCAAAUACAGCAAGGUGAGACCUACAGAGGCACUGAGCAGCCAUCACUACCUUUGCACCUGCACCAAAGAACUCUGGAUCCUGCUCAUGCACCUUCUGGAACACAGAAAUAAGGUGUUGCACACACAGUCUUUCUGGAACUACAUGAACUCGUUGUUGAGGCCCUUGGUUUCAGGGAAGCCAGCAGCGGAGCAGUUCAGUGGCCUCCCCAUGCACUGCAAGGACCCUCUGGGCUUUACAUGGUGGCUGGUCACUCAUGUAGCAAUGCUGGGGCAAUACAGUCGCAACGGCACUCUCCAGUACGAGAAACAUUUCGGAGACAACUGGACUUUUGUGGAAGAGUUACUCAAGUUAACCUGUAACCCCAAGGGAGGUCUAGCAGAGGAGCAGGUCAGGAUGCACGUCCACUGUUGUCUCAGUCUCUGUCUGCUGUGGGAACCGAGCACAAGUGCUGUCUCCAUCCUGUGGGACUACUACAGCAAGAAUCUGAGUGCUUCAUUCACUGUACCCUGGCUUGGGAUGUGUGGUGUGGGCACAUUGUGCAAGACGCCCCUGGCUCUGUUCGAGCAGGCCCGCAGCUGCUGCUCCCCCUCUCCCCUCCACUCUCCAGAACACACCCAGCUCUACCGCUCAGCCAACUCCUUCCACAUCUUCCUUCGAGUGCUGGCCCUGUGCCUCGCCCAGGACAGGGCUGGUGGAGUCCCACAGAGGCAGAUCAAAGGAAGGAUUUAUUUCAAGUUCUCCUCAAAGAAGAUGCAGGAGCUACCAGAGGCAGGCCUCAUGAACUUCCUGCUGCUGUUUCUGGUGUUGGCCAGGCAGGUAGAGCUAGAGGAUGUGGCCAGCAGAGCCUGUGAGCUGCUGGGUUUCCUUCCCUCUAACUGUCCCCCUGGACACCGGACCCUGAUCUGGAGGGGACAGCUAUCACUACUGUUGUUGUUCCAGGAGAGGGGUCUGGAUGUUGGUGCACAGGCUAGCUGGUUGGCCUCCUCCUUUAAUGAGACAGCCAAAGAGUUCUACAAUAAGACCACAGAGGUCUCUCGCAGACUCGCCCUCUGGGGGCCCCUCGGUUCUUACCUGGAGGGUGUGGCUGAGGUGUUUGAGACAAGCACCAGUCUCAGCCUCUCAGAGGAAAAGCUGCUCAAUGAAGGAUUUGAUUGGUUGUUACCUGCUUGCCGGGUCUCAGAGCUGAAUUCCACCCUGGGCUUUCUGCAGAUCGUCCUCGCCCAGCUCAGACGGGUCCAUCAGCGCACUGUCCAGUCAGCACCCACCUCGGCUUGGGCUCCUGGUAACACCAGUGUGGUAAAAGAGCGCCACCUAGCGGUAGCAGCCGCACUCUGGGCACACUUCUUCCCUUUCCUGCGCAGCCUACGCCUCUCCCAGACCCCUCCAGCACAGCUGGCUGAUGCUGCUGCAGGCUUCACCCUAUUGGCCUUCGACCUGCCGAGUUCGGCUCCCCAGGACCUUCAGCCCAACCCAGUCCAGUCCAUCAUGCAGUGCUUUGGCUGGGAUGACAUGGUUCAUCCAUUUCUGGUAACUCGCUACCUUCCCCAUCUGCUCCAAAACAGUGAGCUGGUGUCCUCACUAAGCAGCGAUUCUGCCACUGUUGUUUCCGGUUCGGCACAGAGUCUAUCAGUUAGAGCCUGGUUCCGCUGUUUUCUACAGCAGCACCACAAGAACCAGGAUGGGUCCGACAGCAGAACAGGCCGGGCUGUGGAGGAGCAGUUGUGUGAACUGACCCGACUUGUGCUGAGACUUCCUGAGGUGGACAGUCUUUUGCAAAGAGCAGGCCUCCAGCCUACGGCCGCCAGGCUGGAGCCCACUUCAGCCCUGGAGAUGUUUGUCAAGGCUGUCGGCAGUGUGUACAGUGGACUGCAGGUUUUGUCUGAGCGCUCAGCCAUGGUGACCAGAGCCCUGGGCUACAUUGGUGACAUCCUGAAACACAUUAAACCUUCCCUGGUCAGCAAGAACCAAGAGGGGCUGCAGCUGGUUUACUGGGCUGUUGGUUGCAUAGUGAAGCACUGGAGCCCCCUGCUGGCCACAUCCAAAGCUCAGCAGCUACUGUUUCGUAUUGUAGACGUACUGCUGCUUCCACACAACCUCACACAGCAGGACAAAGCACUCAGGGACAGCCUGCCUCUAUAUUUACAGGGUCUGUCAGUGGCUUCCAGCGUGUCUCAGUCACAGGGUGCCCACCUGAAGCAGCAGCUCCGCUCUGUUACCCGCAGAUAUCUGGACCAUUUCCUUCCUGCCUCUCCUUCAGUGGGUGUCAUCGCCAACCACCCGGUGCUUCUGAGUGCCUGUGAAGCCAACCCAACCAGCCGGGGAGCAGCACUGAGGAGGACCAUCCUGGAGGUGCUCUGUGCAAGCUUCCUGCAGUUUAAAGGUCAUGCCCCUCCGCCCCGGCUAGCAGCAGUCCUGAUGUUCCUCUUAGAGCUCCUGAGACGAAACAGUGACUCAGACCCUGCCCUCCUCACUCUGCCCCUCCCCUCACUGCUGCGCUGUGUGAUGCUGGUCAACGAACCGCAGGUCAGGAAGACGAGCACAGAUGCUUUACAGCUUGUGGUGGAGCGAUGUGCUGCUGCAGCUACAGAGGGACCGUGCGAGCAGAUGAUCACUGUCUUACGGUCGUUUGUGGAGGAGAACGAGGGAAUCUACGACAGGCAGGUAUACAGUGUCCUGGAGACAGUGGCUGUUUUAGAUCCCUCUGUGGUUCAAGCUCUCAUCCCCAACUUAUCUCUCAGUCUGAGAAACACUGAACACAAGAGAGGACUGGGCAAGAACAUCACCUUGAGGAGUGCAUAUAAGAAGUUGCUGUGUCUCCUUGGAGAGAGUGGGCAGACAGAAAUAAGCAGUCUGGAAGCGGACUGAAAAGUUUUUUUUUUUGUUUUUUUUUUAAAGAAGAAGAAGACCAGCUCCAGGACGUGUCACCAGAUCCAAGAACCACAUUUAGUCACACCAACCUUCUUUGUUGUGCCAAAUGUCUUAGUUUGGUCUUUAAAAAAAAAGUGCAUUACAGAGCUGCCUACAAAAUAUGAACAUUUAGGGCAUCUCAUUAGCUGAGUUAACAUUAAAGGGACAGUUGAAGAGUGUUGAAGAUAUUGGCCAUAGACAUGUCUGCCUUCUCUCCAAUGUAAUGGAACUAGAUGGCACUCGGCUUGUGGUGCUCAAAGUGCCAAGAUGAUUUCUCAAGAUAAUCCACAGACCUUGUUGUGAGCAGUUUCAUCUACCAAACUACACCUGCCAAUUGUAUCACCUCUAACGAAGCGUGCAUCUACUGCUAGCUCACCUAGCACCUCUGAGCUAGGUAACAUAACAGCUCAGCCAAGCAGAAGGCCAUUAAUAUUUACAUCUCACGCUGUCACAAGCACGAGCCUCUUGUUCAAGAGUAGAUGCACGCCUCCUUCUUCACGGUGCUUUGGUUGGUAGAAAAUAGUUCCUACAUGAAACUGCUUACAAGUUCUGUGAAUUAUCUCGAGUAACUAGGUCAUGAUUUCUGGAAAGAGACAUUGCUGCUGAGUUUUUCAAAUGUAUUUUUUGGCACUGUCAGCACCACAAGCUGAGUGCCAACUAGUUCCAUUAUAUUGGAGAGAAGGCAGACAUCUCUACAGCUGAUAUCUCCAACACUUGGCAAGUCACAUUGAAACAAUGUACACUGAUAAAAAGCACUACAGGUAAGAGAAAAAAAAAAUGUAUUUUUGACUAUGAGGUAAACUGCUUCUUUGAAAUCUUAACUGCUGGUGUAGUAUGAUGGAAAAAUAUAGUAUGAAUACAUGAAACUGUAAAUAACUGAAAUACAUUAUCAGCUGUACUUUAACAACUCUGAAUGUCCUUUGUGCAUUAUCUUGAAAUGUGCCAAUCAUGGACUGCAAGCAGGUUGUAUAUAAUGUACAUAUUGUAAAGAAGGUGUACCUUUUCACUUUGGCAGAUGCAUUAUUAAUAAAAUAAAAUGGGUUAAUAGAAAUGUGCUUAUAUACAUCUCCAGCUCUUCAUUUCAGUUCAGUAGUGAGGGCUGUGAGCACUGAAGUGA